UCACCAGAAAUCACUGAUAAAUGGAUGUAAUAAAUUUUUCAGUAACAACAUGAAAUUUUCGUUUGUAAAAUUCUAAAUUCAAGUCGUUUUAGUUCCUGGAUCGAAUUGAAAAAUAUCAUGACUAUCUAGCUCUUGUUUUACUAUCAUCAAUCGCCAUUCGCACCAUAAAAUAAGAAGAUUUUAUUGUUCAUUUCAUCGUGUACCUUGUGCGUAAUUAAGUGUCAUCAUGAAUUCCUCUGGUAACCAAUUCACCAGCAUCAAUGUGGAACCCGAUAGCAAUAGAAAAUUCAGCCGAAUAUCUCAGAACAUCGGAUCGGAUAUUCAGAAAAUUUCACAAAAUGUUUCCUCCAUGAAACGAAUGGUCAACUUGGUCGGAACGGCCCAAGAUUCACACGAGCUUCGGCAGCAGUUGCAAAAAAUCCAACAAUAUACGCAGCAGUUGGUGAAAGAUACAAACAACAGUUUAAAUACUCUUAAUAGCAUUCCUCUUUCGUCUGAAGAAAGACAAUUUAGAAUGCAGCGAGAACGUUUAACAGAUGAAUACACAGCUGCGUUAAAUAUGUUUCAAGCUACUCAAAGAGAAGCGUUGAAGAAAGAAAGUCGACAAGUGCAACUCAAAAGAGCAUCUGUGCAUAGUAAUUCUGUAGCAAUACCGCCCCCUCCGUCGAAUGAUCCGUUCAGAGAUGAUUUACAUGCUAAUCAAUUAAUCGAGCUACAAGAUGACAGAGGAAGCAAAACACAGACUUAUGACUAUCAAACAGAAAACGAACGCAAUAAUCUGCAACAAUUGGCUGAGCAGGAAGAAGCAAUUCGUAAUUUAGAACGAGAUAUAAACGAUGUUAAUGAAAUUUACAAGAGUUUGGGGCGACUGGUGCACGAUCAAGGGGAGACCAUCGAUAGUAUCGAAGCGAACAUUGAAAGAGCUCAUAUUAACGUUCGUCAAGGAACAUCGGAAUUGAGAAAAGCUAGUAACUAUAUGACGCAAGCUCGUAAAAAGAAAUUUUACUUGAUCGCAAUUUUAGCAUUCAUUCUUUUGGUUAUAUUUUUACUUUGGAAAUACUCGUAGGCGAAUUUCAUAUUAAUCGAAAAGAUAAGCUGUAGCACCGAACCCACGUUGCAGCCAUUUCGUCGGCUUUCUUUACGUAUUCCAAAAAUAUUUCUUAAGCGUAUGUUUAUUUCGAACAUGUACAAUUCUUCAAUAUUUACCAAAUUAUUUUAAGAAAUUUAUUAGUCAAUGAGAAUCGUAAUCUAUCGUAAUGUUACUUAUCGCCCAUAAAAUCUUAUUUUCUAUUGAGAUCAGUCCAGUUUCUACUGAAUGGCUGUGCUAUGAUGCAGUUUAGUUACCUGUAAGGAAUUGCGAAUACUCGAAGGAUUUUUGGUCGCGAUCAUCGCAGGUACAGCCAUAAUUAUGUAAAUUCGUGUGAAAUACCUUUGUAAUUUAAUUUUUUUCCUCUUUUUUCGUUUAUUUUGUAUACACGUUAUCGCCAAACUAAUUUUGCUUAAUGUGUUGAAGUUUGGAUGUUUAAUUUUUUUAAAUUUUUUUCCUAUCGUCGAAUUCAGCUAAAUGUAAAUGAUUUUAUUAUUCAUAGGGUAUACUUAUUUUGUGUUUCAUUGUACUAUACAUUGUAUAUUUAUUUUUCGGUUUACACCGCCCAUUGUUAUCGCUUGCAAUUUGUUUAUUUUAUCUGUUAUUCGGUUACAAACCUGUGUUUUAUAUUGAAUAGGAAUAAUAUAUUACUCUAUCGACAUUGUUGACUAAUAACACCAUAUUUUUAUCAAA